UUCACUUUCUCGAGAAAAAUGUCUUCAGGGUGUAAUUGCGGUUCUAGCUGCAGUUGCGGCGACAACUGUUCAUGCAACAGGAACCUUAACCUGGGAUUCUCAGAGAAGCCGAUCAGUACUGAGACCAUCAUCUCCGGAGUUGCGCCAGUGAAGAUGACCUUUGAUGUAUCGGAGAUGAGCACUGAAUCAGGACACGGAUGCAAGUGUGGAUCAAACUGCACUUGCGAUCCAUGCAACUGUUAACCGA